UCUUCCUUUAUUUUAUUUAAAAUAACACUUGAGUAACAUAUUAUUUAACCAGUUUUAUGUUGUACAGUUUUGCAACAUUCAUCACACAGAUGAGGUCAAUGAUGAAUUGAGAUACAGUCGGUUUGCUUCUCGGAUGGAUGAGCAACUUGCUCUGUAUCCACAUAUGAAGUUUAAUGAGAUUGAUAUGGUCUUCUUCCCCAUAAAUGCGUUUGAGCAUUUCUACAUUGUAUGCUAUGGGCUAAAGAAUCCAAGUAUGGAGCUGAUUGACAAUAGCAAAAACUGCCCAGACUACAAGGAAAAAUACCAAGGUCGUCCUGAGGGUUUGCACCAGAAUUUUGUGAGAUAUUUGGCAGACAAAAAACAUCACAAGGCGAGUGAAAUAAAUACAUUAACGCCUGACAGACUUGAGAUGGAGUGGAGAACGGCCGAAAAAAAUUUGAUUGUGCUAUUUUUGUCAUGA